UGUAUCUACUUGAUUUCUAAAAUGAAAGACAUCUUGGAAGAUUUUCAUUAUCUAUAAGUGAAAAAUUAAGAAAACUUCUGUGUAUUAACAGACGACAUCAUCAUGAGCAUCAUUCCAAGUAAUAUAAAUGCUGAAAUCCAAAGGUUAAAGAAUACUGCUAUUGAUUUAAAAGAAAUGCAUAGAAGCAAUGAGUCAGAUUUGGAUUUCAUUACAGAUCUGAGAAAGAAACUCCAUCGAGCAAAAAAAGAAAAAUUAGACUUGACAACUAACCACAAUGCCCAGCUGUUAACCUAUGAGAGCCAGAUUACCAAACUUCGAUCUGAAGUAGAGAAAGGGGAGGCACUUCGACAAAGUCUGGAAUAUGAACUUGCUCUUGCUAGAAAGGAACUUGGUCUUGGAAGAUUUGCUAUUGAAGAAAAAUUAGGUGAGGCACAUAAGAAGAAUGAACAACUACGAGUACAGAAUUCAGAACUUCAAAGGAAGAUAAAUGAGAUUGAGAAUGCAUUUCAGACUUCUCAGUACAACUGGAAAGAUGAAUGCAGAAGAUUUGAAUUAGACUUGGAGGAGAGAGACAACAUGAUUCAAAACUGUAAUCAAGAAUAUGAUGUGCUUUUGAAGGAAAAAAGUAAACUAGAGACUGUUUUAAAGGAGACAUUGGAUCAGCAUCAGGAACAGAAGAAUGAGCUGGAAUCUCAUAUCAGGGAGACAGCACUUGAGGAAUUUAGAUUACAAGCUGAACAAUGGGAAGCAGAAAGAAGAGAGUUGCAAUUUAUAGUACAGGAACAAGAUAAUGCUAUACAAAAUAUGCAUAAGAAAAUUGAUAAACUAGAAUUAGAACAACUUGAUUGCUCUAACCUUCUACGGCGACAAACAAGUGAACUUGAAAUAAGUACUACCCGAGAGGAAUUACUUAGAAAAGAAUAUGAGGCAACCAGUAUCAAAGUAAAGAAAUUAGAGGAAAAUAUUGAAGCAGAAAGAGCAGCACAUCUUGAGUCCAAAUUCAACUCUGAAAUUAUCCAGUUACGGAUCCGAGACCUUGAAGGAGCUUUGCAAGUAGAAAAGGCGAGCCAAGCAGAAGCUGUGGCUGAUUUGGAAAUGAUCAAGAAUGAGUUCAAAGAAGUUGAAAGUGCAUAUGAGCGAGAAAAACACAAUUCUCAAGAGACUUUUGCAAAACUAAAACAAUUAGAAAGAGAGUGUUUCUCUAAAAACAAGAAACUAAAUGAAGAGAUCGAGGAACAGAAGAAAGUAAUUAUGGACCUCUCAAAGAGACUGCAGAGUAAUGAAAAAAGUUUCAGUGAAUUACAGGAAGAACUAACACUGGCUAAGAAGCAUCAGGCCUGUCUAACGGAGAUGAAUGAAAACAAUGUGAAAGAGUUGGAGUUGCUCUUAGACAGCUUUGCUGUGUCUGGCCAGCGGACAUCAGGCGUCCACAAGGACGAAGAUAAAGCUUCCAGCUUCUCUGUUGUCCUUGAGACUUUGAGGCAUACCUUGACAGAUUACCAGAACAAGCUGGAAGAUGCAUCUAAUGAGCUAAACUGCCUGCAAACUGCUUCUGAAAAAACAUUUAAGGAACUCGAUACUACCAAACAGGAGGUGGAAUGUCUAAGCAAAUGUCUAAAGGAAGCACAAGAUAAACUGAUUAAUAGCAAUCAAGAGUUAAAUCACCUGCGAACUAAGUAUACAGACAGAGAAUCUAUAAUAGGCACUUUAAAAGUGGAACUCCAAAAUGUUCUACACUGUUGGGAGAAAGAGAAAAUGCGAGUAGCACAAUCUGAAAAUGAAAUCCAGAAGCUUUCCAAGGCUUUCCAUAAGGAUAUUGAGGAGAAACUAACCUUCCUUCAUACUUUAUAUCAGCACUUGGUAGCAGGCUGUGUGCUUAUAAAACAACCAGAAGGCAUGCUGGAUAAAUUCUCCUGGCCUGAGCUUUGUGCAGUCUUGCAGGAGAAUGUUGAUGCCCUGAUCUUAGACCUCAACAGGGCUAAUGAGAAGAUAACUCAUCUAGAAUAUAUUUGUAAAAACAAGUCUGAUACUCUGAGGGAGCUUCAGCAGACCCAGGAAGACACUUUUAAUAAAGUGACAGAACAGAUUAAAGCACAGGAGAGCUCUUGGCAGAAACAAAAGAAGGAUUUGGAGCAACAGUAUACUGAACUCCUCCAGGAGGUUCAGAUGAGGGCAGAGAAAUUUCAAGAAAUUGCAGAAGAAAAUGUGGAAAAGUUUGCCCUUAUGGAAAAAUCCAAUGAACAGUUGGUUCUUGAAAAUUCAGAGUUUAAAAAUAUGUUAGCUGAGUCUCAGAAGGAACAUACAUCCCUACUGGCAGCCUGUGCGUUAAUGUCUGGUGCUUUAUAUCCUUUAUAUACUCGGUCAUGUGCCUUGUCAACACAAAGAGAUUUUCUUCAAGAUCAAGUUAACACUUAUGACCUGCUAAAACAGGAAAUUAGAACUCUGGUUCAGGCUUUGUCUGAUGUUGAAGAAAAGAAGCAAAAUGAAUCCAAGUUAAAGAAAAAACAUUACAAAGGAUUGAUAUGUGUAUUCCGGAAAGGUGUUAUUGCUGUUUUAGCAGCAAAAAGACUUCAGAUUCUUGGCCAAAAGUGUAGCUCCCUUUUUACAUGGAUGGAGAGCUUCAAAGAAGGCAUUGGAAUCUUAGUAUGUACAGGAGAACCCAAAGAGAACCAUAAUUUACCAAAGCAUCGAACAGAGCAGAUGCAUUGUCUUCAAGCAGUUAAUUGGCUUACUAGUUCUGAACUUCUUUCUGCAAUAAUCAUUUCUAUGGCUGAGUUACAGGAAGUGCUUAGUAAAACAGAUCCAAAUUCUAGGCUUUGUGGACACUUACUUAUAAGUGCAGCCAGGAAUUCCUUUGCAAAACUCAUGGAUAAAAUUAGCAUGGCAAUGGAGAACAUACCACUGGGAAGUAGUAGAAGUUUUACAUAUACAGAAAAGGAUUCUCUGGUUCAGAGAUUGGCCCGAGGACUUCAUAAAGUUAACACAGAAGCCUUGAAAUAUGGUCUAAGUGGUCCUGUGCCCAUUAUGAAAAGUAUAGAAUGUUUGCAAAAGCAAAUAUAUGAAUUUACUCAGCGAUUGCAUGCAGCAGAAGUAGAACGUCGGUCACUCCGCUUGGAGGUCACAGAAUUCAAAAAGAGUGUUCAUGAUAUGAAAAAAGAAAUUGACAAAGCCCAGAUCCUCCAAAUGCAAUUAAAAGAAUUUAAGCAGUCUAAAUUGAUCACCCAUGAGAGGUUUGAAAGUGCCUGUGAAGAACUGAAUAAUGCAUUACUUCGGGAACAGCAGGCCCAAAUGCUUCUGAAUGAACAGGCUCAGCAGCUGCAGGAGUUAAAUUAUAGACUAGAAUUGCACUCCAAUGAGGAAGCUGACAAAAACCAAACCCUUGGUGAAGCUGUUAAGAGUCUCUCUGAGGUAAAAAUGGAGCUGAGAAGAAAAGAUCAAUCUUUGCGUCAGCUCAAUAGACAUCUUACCCAGCUGGAGCAGGACAAGCGGCGACUAGAGGAGAGCAUCCAUGAUGCAGAGAGUGCCCUCCGCAUGGCAGCAAAAGACAAAGAAUGUGUUGCUAGUCAUAUGAGAUCCAUAGAAAGUGCUCUUCAUAAGGUCAGAGAUCAGAUCUCAUUGUCACGGACUGCGGCAAGCAGGAAUGACUUCACCCUGCAGCUACCCAAACUGCACCUGGAGACCUUUGCAUUGGAGGGACUGAAGGGCGGGCCAGAGGUUGUAGCAUGCCAGGCAAUGAUUAAAACUUUCGUAGAUGUCUACCAACUUGCAAGUUCUAGAAUUGCUACAUUAGAGAAAGAAAUGACAUCUCAUAGAAACCACAUUUCAGCCCUGAAAUCAGAGCUCCAAACAGCUUGUCUACGUGAAAAUGAAAGUUUACACUCAAUUGGAUCACGAGACCAUUCAAAUGUCUCCAUUUCUUCAAGAACCACUCUUCAUGCUGACCGAAACAUGAAUGAGGAUUUCUUGCCACUGAAAGCUGAACUUGACACAACUUAUACUUUUUUAAAGGAAGCAUUUGUAAAUAGUUUAUCCCGUUCUCGGGCUUCCCAUUCCUCUGCUGUGAAUAUUUCUACUGAUUCCAAAAGAACAAUACAAAAUGGAUUCUGAUUUUUAUGAAAAUAGCAUGGAAGUUAUAUUUAACAAUAAAAAUUUG